CCAAUAUUCUAUGAAUCGAUUUAUGCAAUAAACCCUAAUUUAGCCUCCAUUUUAUGCCACUCUCUUCUCUUCUUCCUGCUCUCGCCGAACAAGCCUAAGGUAAGGUAAACAAUGGUGAAGCAUAACAAUGUUAUCCCUAAUGCACACUUCCGUAAGCAUUGGCAAAACUAUGUCAAGACAUGGUUUAACCAACCUGCAAGGAAGACAAGAAGACGCUUAGCUCGUCAGAAGAAGGCUGUUAAGAUUUUCCCCAGGCCUACAGCUGGACCUCUUAGGCCAAUUGUUCAUGGACAAACCCAGAAAUACAACAUGAAGCUUAGGGCUGGUAAAGGGUUUUCUCUUGAGGAGUUGAAGGCUGCUGGUAUUCCCAAGAAGCUUGCUCCAACUAUUGGCAUUGCUGUUGAUCAUCGCCGUAAGAACCGAUCUUUAGAAGGUCUACAAGCCAACGUGCAGAGGCUGAAGACAUACAAGGCCAAGUUGGUCGUAUUCCCAAGACGUGCACGCAAGGUCAAGGCUGGUGAUUCUACUCCUGAGGAACUUGCAAAUGCCACACAGGUUCAAGGUCCAUACUUGCCCAUUGUGAGGGAGAAACCAUCUGUAGAGUUAGUUAAGAUUACAGAUGAAAUGAAGGCAUUCAAAGCUUAUUAUAAGCUUCGCCUUGAACGAACAAACAAGCGCCAUUUGGGUGCCAGACUGAAGAGGGCCGCCGAGGCAGAGAAGGAAGAUAAGAAGUGAAAACUUUAGGUGUCUGAUUUUCUUAUUUAUCCGUAUGAUAGUUAUUGCAAGACAAUUUUUGCUUGAAUUUUGUUUUUUUAUUAAGAAAAGGCUUUGUCUAAAACUCUCACAGUCAUUGCUGUUGUUAUGUUGUGAACUUCGGUUAUUUAUGGUUGUUAAUUUAUCUAA